ACAGUGCUGAACGAGUCCCGAUUGGUAGAGACGGGAAGAUUUGACUAACGUGAAACCGAAAGUAACUAAAUCACGAACAAGCAGUUCGUUUUACACAGCAACACGGAAAGGACUUGGCUGUUCAUUUAUUUAAAUUCACUUGCAUUAAGGUUCAGUUAGACGUACUGCCUCAGUGUUGAAAGUACCACAGGGAUGGAGACUUCUGUGCACUGUCUCUUCCUUUUGGUCUUCGCAUCCUGCUCUACCUGGUCGACUGCAGUAAAGAGUAAAGAACCGUUUCAGUGGCUGAACAGUGGGGAUUCCUUGACUAUGCAAUGCUCCACCACUGAAACAGACUACGAAGGAGUUUAUUUAAUCCAGGGUCUCAAUGAGGAUGAAGAAAUAUUUUUCCUGUUUGGGAGAAACAAGAAACUGACGCCAGGGAAAGGGUACGAAAGCAGACUGCAGACAAAAGGAGAGCUGAACAACCUCCAGGUCACACUUGCCAACAUGACUGUGGAUGACUCCGGUGUUUACUGGUGCAAGUACAGACGCAUGGAUAACAAAACCGGCAGAACGGAAAGAUUUGGGGGCGACGGCUCCUCCAUGGUUGUGGUGAACGGCAGGCCGUGCCCAGAGGUAGAAGAGAAAGUACUGCCAUCCAACCUGGUGAUUGUCAGCGCCAUCUCUGCUGGCUCGGUGUUUUUGCUCUGCCUCACACUCCUGCUCAUCUGGCUGGUACCCAGGAUGAAGAAGUCCAUGGGUAGGAGGCACGGGCAUGCAAGGCGCAGCGAUUCGGUCUACGAGGACAUGCGCAAGAGCCACGCAUCUCACAGAGCUCACCAGCCCCCCUAUCAAACCAACCAGUAUCCCUGAAAACAUUUUUUGAAGGAAAAUCAAAUGUUCCUCUUAGUUGGACCCGGGCCUGUCAUUGUUCAUGACACUUAUUUUAAUGGCGAGCCAUGUCAUCUCUCAAUAAUAUUCUGUAGUACUGUGUAUAAAUUCUGACCAUACUGUGUGUGUGUGUGUGAACACUCUUGUCUGCUCUCAGACACAAAAAAAGUAUGUCUUUGGUUCAGUCUCUUAGGGUCAUGAAAUAUGGUCCAGGAAUGCAUUAAUGGAGUUGCUGUUAAUUAGCUUGAUGACGGCUCAUGUACAGCAAAAUGAUAAUUGUUUGUUGUGCCUAAUGCUCUGCAAAGUGACUGACAAGCACUGGGAUAAACAAAUGCAUUGAGGAUGGUAGAGCAUGUUGUUCAUUGUCAGGCCAUUUCACAAUGUUAUUCCACUUAAAUAAGCCAAGUCCGCAAACGUGAAAUAGGUCUAGAUCAAAAAAGGAUGACAAUAUUUCUUUGAACUGUUCCUCCUACCGUGUACUAAUUGCGUGCCAGCGCUAUGAAGUUAUGAAAACAGCUCAUAUCUGGAAAGAAACUAAUUUCUCUCUGUAUGGCAGGUGUCUGGGUAUUUCCAGGCCACGUUGUAAAAAACAUGUAUUAUCGUUUUUGACGGCCGCCUUCCCACACCAAACUGCCUCCCCCAGAUCAAACAGUAAGAAAAACAACAGUUUGUGACUGGAAAAAAAUAAAAUAUGCAUGGCACUUUUGUGACACGUUUUCCCCCCUCUUCAAACUGAGCGGUAAACGCCGUGUUGACUGCGAACUGUGAUAAAUUUGGAUUCAGACGGUUUAGCGUUCUUUAGCUAAACGGGUUUUUUUACGCUGUAGCCCCGAGCUGUACGCUGUCAUACUGCUUUCCACGAUGUCAGAAGUCAAAAUGUAAAAUACAUUAACUUCCUGCUGGAAAGAACUGAAGCCGAAUACACAAAAUGUAACGGUUAUGUUUGUCUGUCAGAAAGUCGUAUUUGUCAGAUAGUUGCGUGACUUGAAAGGAAGUGAUGUAAAAUUUCUCCAAGCGUAAAAAACGAAAGGUUACCAAGAAACCAAAACGCUGUAAAUGAUCUCUUUACUGGUGUUUCAAACAAAACCACAUCCCACACUAUGAUCAUCUUAUGUCGUUCUAGUAGAGAGUAGAAGAUUCCAGAAGGAUACCCAGGGUGGUUUUUUUAUAGGGAAAAUAAAUCCCUAAAAAUACACAUAAUAAUAAGACAGCCUUCAGAUUUUUAAAUGCUUGCAUCGCAAGAAUUAAUUAGUCACCUAUCGUCGGCCACCGUGCUUGUUUUUUUGUUUUGUUUUGUUUAGUUUGUUUUUUUUGUUUUUUUUGUAUAUGCCGCUGAAAGAUUUCUCUGGGUUUAGUUUUCUGAUGAUUUGUGUAUAUGAAAAUGUAUAUAUUAAUGUCCCAACUCCUGCUUUUUUUGGCUUGUACUGAGCAGAUUUAGUUUGCAUAGUGUCCCUGCUCAUUUAUAAGGGUGCCAAACUCGUUUCCCUCAGGGUUUAUAUGGCCUGCGCCGCCUUUUCCUUCAGGGCGUCACAUCAAUGGAAUUCAGUACCACAAGCAGUUACAGAGUCCCCAUCCUAUUAUUCAUUUAAGUGUGAUGUUAAGAAAUGCUUUAUUGAGAACCAACAAUGUCAACACUGAUGCUGUUUUUAUCCACCUCAUACUGUGUACCUGUAUUAUCUGCUAUUGGAUUUUGUCCACUCAUGUUGUUUAACUGUAUUGUGUAUGCUUUUUUGUGAAAUCACAAUGUAUUAUGUAUAUAGCACUGCCAAUGAAAGCCUUUUAGCUUUCAAGUUCAUUUACAUUUGUUUAAAUGUUGAUUAAUGUACAUUGUCCCUUUUUAAAUAAAGAAAUAAAAUAACAUUA